AUGCCGUCUGGCACUAGAGAUUUGAAUAUCCACAAGAAAAGAACACAUGGACUCCUGGUUCAUGCUAGACGCAUUGUUCCUUCGGGAAUGGGGCCAGGACCACCUGUUGGGAUCAGUACUAUACUUAGAGGACUUUCACCUCCUUUGGGGGCGGAUCCGCCUUUCGAAACCCAAAGAACAAUUCUAGAAUCUGAAGUCAGUCAGCUGCAUAUUGAGGACAGGGAUGACGCCCACACCGCUGCUUGGAAGUCUGCAGCGUAUUCCCACUUCUUCGUUAACUAA